AUGGCAAAGAAAAGACUCAAUCCCGACAUCAAAAGAAGAGUUAGAUCAGGCUGUUUAACAUGUCGUGAUAGGCAUAUGAAGUGUGACGAACAGCAACCAGUCUGCAAGAACUGCAUCAAGUCCAAAAGAAAAUGUUACAGAGGAAUAAGGUUAAAUUUUACUCAAUACACCAUAUAUAACCCUGAGGAUGCGUUACCUUCAGCUUCUAAUAACCCUGUGGAUCCGCCUGCCGGUGAAUUUAAACUACUCGACCAAUCCAUAACAAUAGCAUCCCUAUAUGCAAAUGGGAAGAGACCCUACAAGCCUUAUUUACACCUUCACAACGCUGAAGAUUUGAUAGAGUCUGACCUUCAAUAUCGACAAGAUAUUUAUAAUCCAGUUCCUUUGAAGGGCGAUGUUACUUCGGCACAUUCAAACAAUGAAUCCAAUGAGCAUUCCAGUACAGCAUUAGAAUCUUCAUCUAUAACAAUCCAGCAAAAAAUAGAAAAUGCUCCUAAUUUUGAUCAAGAUACUAUACCUGAGAACUUUGACAUAACGAACUUGCUACUAAACAACAGCUAUUAUGCAAACCAAAAUGCUUCUAAGGAGAUUCAAUUGCACCUGCAAUUACAAGUUCAGACACUGCAACCUUCAGAUAGACAUCUACAAAUCCUACAAGAGCAACAUCAACUUCGACAACCUGAACCACCACCAUCUCAUGUGCAGCAAUCUGCGCAGACUCAUAGAGAUUCCUUAACUAUUCCUAUUUCGCAUUCCCAGUCAGACUUUUCAAACCUUUUAAAUCAACCACCUCCUACUUCUACGAUGAACUUUCCUCCAAACCUCAACAUUCACGUCUAUAUUAGGCUUAUCGAAAAAGAGAAAUACUACUGGUUCUUGGAUCUAUUCAAUGAACUUAGCAUCUGGAAAUCUGUCAUACCGUCGUAUUGCCUAAGAGAAUUAGAAACUGGAUCUGGAGAAAACAAGCAAUUCUUAUUAAAUUGCUUGUUAAAUUGUUCCAUUUAUGCCAAUAUUAAUAUAGUUGACCUUCUUGAUCAACAAAAGAGAGAGUGGUAUUACGUUAGAAACACCAGUCCCAUUGAGCCGGAAAGCAUUAAAUUGUUCGAGAACUUAUUGAUUAGUAUAACAUUGAUUCUUUUAGGUGUGCAUCUUAAAUUGAAUCGAAACGAGUGUACACCAUUCACUAAAAUUGUUCUUAACAACCAGAUUAAAAUCUUCAACAAGGUCCUACAAAAGCUAAGGAGUAUUUUACAGUCAGCCAACUUCCAUUCAAUUCUAUUAAUUAAUUCAGUCCAAUCCAUUAUUAUCUUAAAGUACUUUAUCAUGAAAAAGUUUGCAUUUGAAGUAGACACAGAGGUAUCAACUGACCUCUCGAAUCCUUCAGCUCCACAAUCUGACCUUGAAGAUCUCGAUGAAGAAAUUAUUUAUCCAGAUCCAAACGAAUUCGCUCACUCUUUCCAAAGUCAAUCUGGGUAUCUUGAGUCAAGUAUUGGUACAAGCGGACUUCUCACUAAAUUUCUAAAGUUGAGCCAAUUCGAGAUUUCCAAUUUAAAUUCUUCAUUUGAAAGGUUCGACAUCCCUCAAACACCAAUGUUUACUGCUGAAUUACCUGUUUCGACCUAUAAAAGUGACUCUCUGAAACUAAGGGCUUAUACGUGGUAUCUUAUCAAAUUAAAUUACAUUACUCGUCAUCCAAACUGCAAGUCAAUCCAAGUUGAUUACAAUUUCAUUUUUAGAGACAGUAAUAUAAUUCUUCCAAAAAUGGGUCAGUCCAGUCCUACAGAGCCUAGCUUAGAAUUCGAACAAUCAGCAUCUGCCAAUCAUAGGAUUGUACUUCCAAACGAGCGUGGGGUGGCUAUCAAUCUUCUCCGAGAAUUUAUCAAUAAGUUAAUUCAUAUUCACGAUGGACAGGUGGUGCAAACUUCCAACCUGAAGUUAAUUACUAUUUUGAGAAUCAUCGAUGAGUCAAUGGUGGACGAAUCCAUUAAGAUUGGGUGGAGAAGUUCUUUUGAGUGGACUCUACUG